AUGGCUCUCAAAGGACAAGAAGAUUACAUUUAUCUCUUCAAGGAUUCCGCACAUCCUGUGGACCUUCUGGAUGCCUUCAGAACAUUUUACCUGGAUGGAUUAUUUACUGAUAUCACCCUUCAGUGUCCUUCGGGCAUCAUCUUCCAUUGUCACCGAGCUGUGUUAGCUGCUUGCAGCAAUUAUUUUAAGGCCAUGUUCACGGCGGACAUGAAAGAAAAAUUUAAAAACAAAAUCAAACUCUCUGGUAUCCACCAUGAUAUUCUAGAAGGCCUUGUCAAUUAUGCAUAUACAUCCCAGAUUGAAAUAACGAAAAGAAACGUCCAGAGCCUGCUCCAGGCAGCAGAUCUGUUGCAGUUCCUCUCCGUGAAGAAGGCUUGCGAGCAGUUCUUGGUAAGACACCUGGAUAUUGACAAUUGUAUUGGGAUGCACUCCUUUGCAGAGUUUCACAUGUGUCCAGAACUAGAGAAGGAAUCUCGGAGAAUUCUGUGCUCGAGGUUUAAGGAAGUGUGGCAACAAGAAGAAUUUCUAGAAAUCAGCCUUGAGAAGUUCCUCUUUAUCUUAUCGAGGAAGAAUCUAAGUGUUUGGAAAGAAGAAGCUAUCAUAGAGCCAGUGAUUAAGUGGACCGCCCAUGAUGUGGAAAAGCGAAUUGAAUGCUUGUAUAAUCUGCUGAGCUAUAUCAACAUCGACAUUGAUCCAGUGUAUUUAAAAACAGCAUUAGGCCUUCAAAGAAGCUGCUUGCUAACAGAAAAUAAAAUCCGCUCUCUAAUAUACAAUGCCUUGAAUCCCAUGCAUAAGGAGAUUUCCCAGAGGUCCACAGCCACAAUGUAUAUCAUUGGAGGCUACUACUGGCAUCCUUUGUCAGAAGUCCACAUAUGGGAUCCUUUGACGAAUGUUUGGAUUCAGGGAGCAGAAAUACCAGAUUAUACCAGAGAGAGUUAUGGGGUUACAUGUGUGGGACCCAACAUUUAUGUCACUGGGGGCUAUAGGACGGAUAACAUAGAAGCUCUCGACACAGUGUGGAUCUAUAACAGUGAAAGUGAUGAUUGGACAGAGGGUUUGCCAAUGCUCAAUGCUAGGUAUUACCACUGUGCAGUCACCUUGGGCGGCUGUGUCUAUGCCUUAGGGGGUUACAGAAAAGGAGCGCCAGCGGAAGAGGCCGAGUUCUAUGACCCUUUAAAGGAGAAAUGGAUCCCUAUUGCCAACAUGAUUAAAGGUGUGGGAAAUGCUACUGCCUGUGUCUUACAUGAAGUUAUCUAUGUCAUUGGCGGUCACUGCGGCUACAGAGGAAGCUGCACCUAUGACAAGGUCCAGAGCUACAAUUCUGAUAUCAAUGAAUGGAGCCUCAUCACCUCCAGUCCACAUCCAGAAUACGGAUUGUGCUCAGUUCCAUUUGAAAACAAGCUGUAUCUAGUUGGCGGACAAACUACAAUCACAGAGUGCUACGACCCUGAACAAAACAAGUGGAGGGAAAUUGCUCCCAUGAUGGAAAGAAGGAUGGAGUGUGGUGCUGUCAUCAUGAACGGAUGCAUUUAUGUCACUGGAGGAUAUUCCUACUCCAAGGGAACAUAUCUUCAGAGCAUUGAGAAAUAUGAUCCAGAGCUGAAUAAGUGGGAAAUUGUGGGUAACCUUCCCAGUGCCAUGCGGUCUCAUGGAUGUGUUUGUGUGUAUAAUGUCUGAUGGUAA